AUGAGAGGCGCUCUCGCCUCUUUCCUCUGUUGUUGCUCGCUGCUCGGGAAAUGGCUCUCAUGGGCCGCCACGGCCAUUUUCGCCGCAAGCUGGAGAAAUCAAACGGCAAAUGGCUGGUACCUGAAGCAGAAUCGGGGAUUCAUCAAACCCCCUCCCAAGAUUGGAAACGAAGCCGCGGAGCUCCAGUCGCCGGGAAAGAUCUUGAGGAAAGUGGAAUGGCGCAGGUGUCGGCGCCACCACCAAAAGAAACGUUCGCUUCAGUCGAUUGAAAUUGACGGACCUGAGGAAAGCCCUCUUAAGCGGAGGCGAUCUCAACCGAAGAAGCAGUGGAGGUUCUGGCUCCCCCACUCGUCGGAAUUGGAAGGGGAGGAAUCUGUGCAAGUCCCGUUCGCGGGAGAAAAGUCACCGAACCCAGCAAAUUGGGUUGAACAACAUGUUCCGAUUGCAGGCCUAGGUCAGGGGUUGGCCAUCGGGGAAGGGAUUGACCCCUUGAAUUCGCACUUGGGGUGUUCUCAGAUGAUUCAUUUGCCUGUGGGAGGUGUUACCCCCGAUGUGAUGUCGGUGAAGACACAGACGCCAGUCCAAAAAGCGUCCAUCGCCGCAGGGGAGAAAAUGGAUGGGCCGGCGGCGUCGAGCCCUAGACUCAGCUGGUGUGGAGGCGAAAUACACGGGCGGUUACGAUUGAGUCGUAUCCUAGGACCCCUCUUCUGGUAA